AGGAGGAGAGCUGACUCCCAGAUGGUGAUAGCAAACCACGAUGCCUGGACCAAGAACAGGAGGCAGAAAGCAAGAGCAGAGGACACUACACCUCUUCUCAGCCAGUCACAGAGGAGAAGCUUUCUAAAUGGCCCUCCGCUUGAACCGUUUCCUGAUGUCCCCCUGGACACGAUAGAUCUUGGUGAACUCAACAUCACACCUAAGACAGUAAGAGAGGAAACAACAAUUCCAGAGCCCAUAAUUGCCAUGAAAACAGAAUUUGAAAGUGACAGCCUACCAGAAGGUGAAAAAAUGAAGAAAAAAUGCAUUAAAAAAGUGUUGGAAGAGGAUGACGAGAGGAGGGGUGAAAAGAAAUGUUUAAAGAAGGAAGAAAAGCCACAACCCUUGGAUGAAAGAUGGAAGAACAACAUAAAAAAAGAACAAGCAAGGUGCCAAGCUGACACUGAUGGUGCUGAAGAGAAUGAAGAGCAAAACACAAACAUAAAAACUCAGAAAAAGACCAAAAAGCGACAAAAGAAUGAAAAUCUGGCACUUCUAAACAGCAAUUGUCGGAAUUCUUGCUCUGACAGUGUCUCCAUUAGAACGUGUCAGUCCUCUCCCCUGUCCGUUGAAGAUCUGGAACAGUUUUCCCUACGCCCUGCUCCCAGAGACUUGACAAUUCAAUGCAGAAUAACCCGGGAUAGGAGAGGCAUGGAAAAAGGAAUGUAUCCCACUUACUACCUCCACAUGGAGAAAGAGGAUGGAAAGAAGGUCUUUUUAAUGGCUGGUAGGAAGAGGAAAAAGUGCAAAACUUCAAACUACCUCAUCUCAGUUGAUCCAACCAACUUAUCCAGGGACACAGACAGUUAUAUAGGCAAAUUACGUUCCAAUGUGCUGGGAACAAAAUUCACAGUAUUUGAUGGUGGGAAGAAUCCAGAGAAGAAACCUUUUAUCAAAGAAACAGAAUCACUUCGCCAGGAGCUCGCAGCAAUCUGUUAUAAGAAGAAUGUGCUGGGGUUCAAGGGCCCAAGGAAAAUGACUGUCAUAAUUCCAGGCAUGAGGGAGAAUGAUGAGCGAGUCAGUAUUUGCCCCAAAAAUGAGCUGGAGACACUGCUCUGCCGUUAUGAAAAUGGCAAUACUGUCAAUCUGGUCAGCCUGAUAAACAAGUCCCCCAGUUGGAAUGAGCAGACACAGUCUUAUGUUCUCAACUUCCAUGGCCGAGUCAUACAAGCCUCUGUCAAAAACUUCCAGAUUGUUCACCCUGAAAAUGUGGACUACAUUGUGAUGCAGUUUGGACGUGUAGCGGAGGAUGUGUUUUCCAUGGACUACAGUUUCCCUCUCUGUGCACUGCAGGCCUUCGCAAUAGCACUCUCUUCCUUUGAUGGGAAAUUGGCUUGUGAAUAAACUAGAGCAGAACAUUGAUUUAAUGAUUUUUUUAAUGUAUAAUGUUUGUUACUACACAUUGUGCACUACCAAGUACAAUGUUGCAUAGUUUCUGAAUAUUACAUUUCAAUGUUAGAAUAUUGCAUAGUGUCAACAGCUCUUAUAUAAUUUUGUCAUGUUUGAGGAACAGAUUGUGCAGCAGUACUUAUUUGGCUUACCACUCAAAAUGUUUAGGUGCAGUUUUGUACAGUGAAUGUGUCACCCACAACUGUUGCUUUGAGAGUGUAAUGUUUAAAGAUG